UAUGAGCUAUGUAAGUGGACGUGCAGGUUUGUGACGUUGUGUGUACAACAAGGAAGACCCAGGAAGCGGCGACAACAGCGACGAACAAGAUUUUUAAAUCUGAACACGAAAACGGGACAAGAUAAUGGUGUGAUUGUUAAUAAAAGUCCAUUCUUAUUUUACAUUACAGCUGGUGCCUAUGUGGUCAGGAAGAUCCAGGCUUCCCUUUCUGAGGGGGAGAAAGUGGAACAGCCCUUCCUAACACCAUGUAGUGCUAAAGCUGAAAUGAAAGCGGGGCAGAAGUCGAUAGGAUCCGCCUCCGCUGCUGCACCGAGUCCAGAACCUGCGGAAGUUGUAGGUGGAGCAGCAGCCAUGGGCACAUCCUCAGAGACAUCUGUGCAGAAAUGUGGCUCGUGACGUUAAAGAUCUGGGUGAACACUGGGACUGCGGUCAACCCCAUGGCAAAUUAUUUAUCGAAGUCUCCAAUAAGAUCAUUUAAUUGAAAAUUCAAUUGUUUUAAUAAAACAAAAUUUUUUAAGCCUCCAAAAUUGUAACCACUUUCCAGUGUUCAACUCAGGACAACACACGAGAUGGCCUUUUUAUGUCACAAGUGCAACUAAUUACAGAUAAUGAUGGCAGUAUUUCACUUAUCUGGACUGUUUUUAGACAUCCGAAUAUAAUGAAAACAUGCAUGUUAUCAAAAUGUUACCUGUGACAAAGGCCUUAGUUUAUGUGCUGCAGUGUUUGAAGGCUGACUCAUCAACCUCUUUGUCCAGAGGCUGGGCAGGCCUGAUGUUUCUGUUGUUGCAUAAAUGAAUAAAUGGAUCAAUAAAAAUAAAAACUCUGUGUGGGA